UUUUCUUUUCUCUCCGACCGUCUCACUUCCCUCCUCUUCUUCACUACCAGCCUCAGCAUUGUUAGGCAGGUGCCAAAAUAUUUCAUCUAUCUGUUUUGUUUGUAAUUUAUACAGACUUCAGCAAUGGUGUUUUGUAUCCCGAUGUGCAGAUUAUAAUUAUAUAAAUAUAACAAACUGUUUCUGGAGUUUAAAUGCUUUUCAUUUUUUGGUACGCGCCGUGAAGUCUUCAAAGGCGGCAGCCAGCAUCCGCCCGUUAAAGAUCGAGAAGACUGACAAGAAAGUAGAUUUCCCUCCUCAACUCUGAGAGGUUCGAUCUGUUUGGACAGAAUGACGUCCAUCAUUGGAGAGAAGGAUCAACAUCUUACCACGCUGCAGAGACCUGGCAGAAGUGAGGAGAGCCGAGGGGGCCUAAACAACUAAGACAUUAUGUGAAGCGUGUAUAAAUCUCCCUGUAAGAGAGGCGUGAUAGGUCAGUUCAACAAUCUGAAUGACCGCUGAAAUCUCCGGGACUGGAGGGCUACAAAUCACCUGCUAUGAAAACUACCACCUGAACACGGAAGUACAGCACACACAGAUUAGCGAUCGCUACCUUUGACUACCUCGUGAACCCUGUGCCUCUCCGGAUCGACAAAUUACCCCUGAGACUUUUUCCACAGAACCACAAACAUCUAGAGGAGUGAGAAUGUCAACCAUGAACGGCGUUGAAGAGAUGUCGUUGAAGUGUGUCCUGGUCGGGGACAGUGCCGUGGGCAAGACGGCGCUGCUGGUCCGCUUCACCUCAGAGACCUUCCCGGACAGCUACAAGCCCACGGUGUUUGAGAACACGGGGGUGGAGGUGUACAUGGACGGGGUUCAGAUCAGCCUGGGGCUGUGGGACACGGCGGGCAAUGACAACUUUAAACAAAUCCGACCGAGAUCCUACCAGCAGGCCGACGUCGUUCUCAUCUGCUACUCUGUGGCCAACCCUAACUCGCUGGCCAACGUCCAGCACAAGUGGAUCGCUGAGGUUCGAGAGAACUUGCCCAAGGUGCCAGUGCUGGUUGUGGCCACCCAGACAGAUCUGCGGGAGGUGGGGGCGCAUCGGGGCAGCUGCAUCUCAGCAGCGGACGGGAGAAGCGUGGCUCAUGACAUCCAUGCUAAAGGCUACCUGGAGUGCUCCUCCUUAAGCAACCGUGGCGUGCAACAGGUGUUUGAGCAUGCAGUGCGGGCGGCCGUAAACCAGACCAGGAAACAGAACAGGCGACGGAUGUUCAGCUUAAAUCAGUGCAAGGUCUUUUGACCUUUGACCUUGACUUGGUGGGCACCUGAACCUUCAUGAGAUGACUUUUUUAAUAAUGCGUCUUAGCAUGCUGUUCAAAUUCAGUGAGGGCCUGUAGAGGUACAAGAGCCCAGAGCUGUAUUUCUCUUAUAAAGCGGUACGUAGGGUUCUUCUUCACUAACGGGGUGUGCUGCCCCCCCCCUCCCUAAAAAAGACUCCCCUAAACUCAAACUAUAUUUAAAAUGAGAAUACUUUGAUUUAGUCACGCAAAUGUACACAGGUGGAACUUUUUCACUACUUUUGUGUGAUCCAGGGAGAGACGUGAAGAAAAGACUCCUCUGAUCUGUUUGUGAAGUGAACCACAGCACAUCACAUGGAGGUGUUUCAAACGGGGCAUCAGAGAAGUUUUUGCGUUUCAGAAAUACUCCAUUUAGAACUUUUGCUGUGGAAGGCUUACUUCAAUUAAAGCUUUAAUAUUGAAACAGCAUGUCGUUUCCCAAAGAGGACAGCGUUUUAAUAUCCGAGUUUGUGGUUGAAUCAGCAAAUCAACUUUUGAAUUGUAAAAUAAAUAGGUGCCUUUACUGCCACAAAUAAAACGGAGCAUUUACAAAUUUGUCAAAAUCAAACAAGGAAAAGUCUAUUGUUAUGCUCCUAAAAUGUAAUUAACAUGAAAUGAGUAAAUAAUAGUGAAUGCAUGUUGGCAUCGAUGACUUAAACUCUUCAGGAUAAGAUAUGCGGGUGUCAGCUCAAAUGGGUUAAUGUUAACUAAAUGAGGCUCUACAUAUAGCAUAUUCUCUAUUAUUUCUCCAGAGAGGAUAAUAUUUCAUUAGACGUGACCAUGAAAUAAAUGUCAAUAGGUCGAAGCAGGCUGUAUGUUUCUCUACGUUAUACGCGCAUUGUAUAUCUGUCAAAUCUAUUUAAAAGAUACCUGUGUUUGUAUUGUUUGAAAUGUUUACUCAGACAUCAGUUGCAUUGAAAUGAAAUUUGACUAAUGCAUGACAGUCAACACAUAUCAUAAUAAAAAAAAAAUAUCUUAAAACAUUUAUAAAACAUUUGUAUGAUGUAAUUGAGAAGUUUAUUUUAUAUUAGUAGAGGUUCCAAAUAUGUAAAAAAAAUUCAACAAUAUAGUAAAGGGACAUUAUUUGAAAUUUUGUCAUUUUAUUGAAACCAUUGUGGAUUUUUUGUGAAUUGUUUUUUUUAUUUAACUGCAUACCUCCUUUUAGAGAAUAUAAGAAAAAUAUUAAGACAUGACCUGCUACCUAUGUGUCUUGCAAACGGCCCCAUUGUCCAUAAAUUAAAACUAAGGAUACAACCCGUUGACACAGUAUUGUUUUAUUUAUAUCUGUACAGUUUUACCCAUAGCGAAUAAAAGAAAGAAAAAAA